AUGACCCUGAACCUGCGCACCACGCUCAUUUUCGGCGGCUUCAUCUCCCUGAUCGGCGCCGCCUUCUACCCCAUCUACUUCCGGCCCCUAAUGCGGCUGGAGGAAUACCGAUUAGAGGUCUGGGAAGAGCCAGUGGGGGAACAAGAGAAGAAGAAUCCAUGGCAAAAGCCACAGCACACAAAAACGCUCAGCGGCUGGAGAAGCACAGCCCGUGACCAGUACUGA